GAAAUGGAACCUCUCAUCUUGGAGCCAGGAGCACUUCUUCUUAAACAGCUGGCCGAAUCUGACAAAGACAUCAACAGUCUCUUCAGAAAGGUGGAAAAUGACGACAACCUCGAAGACUACACCAUCCAAACCCUGUUGGAGCUGUGGGAUCAGGUGGCCGAGAAGUUCCUCCUCCAGAAGCAGGGGAUUAAGAAGCUGGAUGAGACCCUGCUCUCACUUGAGUUCUCCCGAGUAGACAAGCUAAAAAGCGUGUUGAAGAAAUACGUGGAAAUCAUGGAGAAAACUUCCUGUCUCAUGCAGUCCGAUGUGUACAGGGUGAUAAAUAAAGAAGCCAUGCUGUCGUGGACUCAGGGCAGUUGGCGCCCUCAUAA